AUGACAGCUACUCAGAAACACAACCUCUUCACGCCAGAACCUCACUAUAUCCCUGGCUAUGCCGGAUUCUAUCCGCAGCUGCGCUACCAGGUGGGGGACACCUAUGGGCGCACCACAGCACAGCUGCUCACAGACCCCAGCGUGCAAAAGAGCCCCUGCUCCGUGCUAUCCCCCAUAUCCAAGCCCAAGUUCAUCGAGGACUUCAGCAAGUCCAAGCCACCUCUGAUCCCCUGCCGUGACCUGACUGAGCCCUACAUCCCCCACUACACGGGUCUGAAGCCCUACAAGAACUCUGAGAUCCUGGGCCAGUUCCCACCCCAGAAGGUGGAUGCCCAGAGGGGGCCGCCGGGGGUAGAGAAUGUAUCCAGGCAGGUCCUGCUGCCUGUGGGCUUCAUGCCCUACCCUCCCUACCCCCCGUGCCCGCCAGGCAGGAAGGGGGACUCCAGAGACUUCAGACACCCAGGCCUGCAGCUGGCAUAUGGGGAGGAGGGCUGGCAGAGCACCACCCCUGUCCACGAGGCCUCUGGGCGGGACCAGCUGUACCAUUGCAGGAGAGAUGAAUACCCACCCCCAGCUCACCAGCAGGAGACACUAGAUGUGGGCAGGUUCCACAGGCUGCCCCAGCUCGACCACCCCAACCUGAUCCAACGCAAAGCCAUCUCAGGCUACGCUGGCUUUGUCCCUCGGUUUGCCUGGGUGAUGGGGGUGAAUUACCGCGACGGUGUCACACAGGCUAUGGAUGAAUUUGACAAGAACCAGUUCCUCUUCAGAAAUCCCAUCUGUGCCCUGGGUGAGAGGCUGCCCAAAACACACUGGCCUAGCAACACCAUCUACAACAGCCAGGGCCUGAUACCUUUCUACAUGGGGUUCAUACCAUCCACGCAGGACAACUAUGCGCUGACAUUUGGCAACAGUACCCGCAAGGCAUAUCAGAAAGAACUGCAAAGACGACACCAGACACUAUGAAAAUGCUUUAAUGGUGGCGUCUGUACAGCAUGUGACGUCAAGACAAGAAGGAGAGCAAGUGCACACAGAGAACAGGUUGUGAGUGAAUAAAGAGUUCACACGGCUUC